UCUUUUAUUAUACAUUUAUUAUUUACAAGUAAAAUAAUGGAUACAAUUGCUACCACAGAAGACUUUAAAGAAGAAAAUCGUAUAGAGAAAUUAGAAGAAGCUAAUACAAAAAUAAUAAGAAAAUUUCGUAAAAGAGCAGAAAAAUUAGGAGGAUAUGAAAGCUUACCUCAAUUAUGGGAAGAGUUUGCACCUAUAAUUUUAAAAACUAUUCAUUUGAAAUCACCUAUACAGCAUUUAUUAAAUUUUACAGGUGACUUCCAUGAUUAUUGUGAUGCGUUUAAAGAAGAUACGGAUUUAUAUGAAUACAAAGAAUACUUUGAUGCAAUGGAUUUUGCCUGGACUUGUGUCUUGAAGGAUAAAGAAGCGAGUGAAACUGAUAAAGUACGUAUUAUGAAUAUAUUAAGAGAUGGACAGGAUAGAGCAUCCUUGCUUGGUUUACAAGAGGUCUACUCGCAUGCAAUAGAUAUUAUUGAAGACGAUAAUGAUAACCAUUUUUAGCAAAUUUCAAUUUAAGAAAUAGUUAUUUAUACACGUACACACAAAUAGAGAUGACGGGUUAUGGUCCCUUCUCUCAUGAAAAUGGAUCUACUUUAAAAUAAAGAGCGGAUCAAAAUGAUUAGUAGAUAAAUAUAGACAAACGAAUCAAAUUGGAAGCUACAAAAUAGAGUAUAAACGUGAAUAGUAAACUACCUCGCUUUACUUCUUUAAUGCUUUAUCAUUACAACAGUCUACACUACCCUUAUUUGCUCUUCUCUUUUAAAUACUUUAUAAAUAAAUAAAAAGACGCUUCUCAUUUGACAGACACAAAUAACAAGUAUGACAAGUAAAUAAGAAUAGUAAGCGUUAUCAUCAGUUACUGAUUCUCCUGAAAUUUGUGUGGUAUUUUUUCUAAAAAGGAAUACCAAUUAUAAUAAAUUAUUCCGCUUAAAACCCAUGUUUUGAAUAUAUAACAUUAAUGAAUUAAAU